AUGAAGUUCUCAGCGUUUGCAUCGUUGCUCGCCAUUGCCGCGGCAAUUCAAAUCCCAUUCCAGGCUUCACCACCAUCGCUAGAGUCCACUUUGUUGUCGCAAGCGUUCCGCUCAACAGACUUGUCGGCGCUCAGCUUCCAAGAACAACUAAGCUUGCAACAGCAAUGGACCAAAUACGAAAAAGAGCUCGGAGCAUCCAAAAUGUGGUCGCUCUUUACCGCAUUCAAACGGCAAUUUGAGCCACCAACGCAAGACUUGACAUAUACAUUAUCUCAACAAGAAUCGACCCCGGAGAUCUUGGGGUUCGACGCCGUCAAGCAAAUCACGGGCUACUUUGACAUCAAAGAAACAAACAAAAAAUUCUUUUACUGGUUGUUUGAAAGUAGAAAUGACCCCGAGAAUGACCCCUUGAUAUUAUGGCUCAGCGGUGGACCAGGAUGUUCAUCCAACAUUGGCUUGGCGAUGGAGUUGGGCCCCAGCUGGAUCAACGCCACCAUCGAGCCCGAAUUCAACCCUUACGCCUGGAACUCCAACGCCACCGUUGUCUUUUUGGACCAGCCCGUUAGCGUUGGCUUCAGCGUCGGUGACGAAAGCGAGAUUCCAUAUUCUACAGAGCAGGCCUCGGUCGAUUUCGGUAAAUUUGUCUCGUUGUUCCGCAUCCAGUAUCCGCAAUAUGCCAAAUUGGACUUUCACAUUGCGGGCGAAUCGUACGCGGGCCACUAUAUCCCCAAGUUUGCCCUGGCGGUAGUCAACGCGAACCUACCUUUGAAAUCGGUCUUGAUCGGUAACGGAAUUACCGAUGCCGUGGUUCAAAUGGGGGAAAUCGCCGAGAUGGGAUGCGGCGCCGGCGGCAUUGGCCAGAUCUACACCGAUGAAGAAUGCCAAAGUUAUUCUCAAUAUUAUCAAGCGUUUGUUCCAUUUGGACUCUUGUGCUACGCGUGGGAAAACCCCAUCACGUGCUUUGUGGCGUUGUUGGCGUCGCCCAAUAGGCCCAGCAUGGGCGAUUUGAACCCGUAUGACUCGCGAGUCAAGUGCGGCGAUAACCCCUUGUGCUAUGGGCAAAUCGGGUACAUUGAAGAGUAUUUCAAUAUCGCCGAGGUGCAGCACGCGUUGGGGGUGGUGCCUAAGAAUUUCACUGCUUGUAAUCCGCAAGUUGGCGCGAAAUUCGUCACGGACCACAUGAGACCUUAUCAGCAGUACAUUGCCGAGUUGUUGGAGAAAGAUAUCCCCGUGUUGAUUUACGUGGGUGAUAAGGAUUUGGUGUGUGACUGGUUGGGCAAUUUGGCAUGGACUAGCAAGUUGGAUUACUCGGGCCAUGAACAAUUCAAUGCUACUGAGUUUGCGCCUUAUAUUACUUUGCAAGGUAAACAUGCUGGAGAAGUGAAAAAUUAUAAGCAUUUUACGUAUUUGAGAGUGUUUGAGUCGGGUCACAUGGUGCCUCUUAACCAGCCUGAAAACUCCUUGGAUAUGGUCAACCGUUGGGUUAGAGGUGACUACUCCUUCUCUACAUAG